CUCUUUCAACAACUUGAGGGCACAUCCCUGUCCACCCUUUGUUGUCUCCGGCCCUACCAUCUUAUAGAAAUUCAAGGCCAUAGUCCAAGUAACCAUGGACGUCCGACUUCACGCCUAUCACCCCACACGAGUACUCCUACUUCUCGAAUAUAUCCCAACCUCAACUUCAACUCCAAAAUCCACACUUUCGCAACCGCCCAAUGUCCUCCUUUUCAUUGGUGGAAUGUAUGACAAUUUUCGUUCUCCGCGCUAUGUAGAUGACAUUGCGAAGCUGUUCCCAAGAGAUGUUGCCGGUACUGGCGGUGUUGUUGACGACGUUACCCAAAAAUGGAGUGUCUUCCAUGUUCAACUUUCAUCCGCGGGAAGGGCUUUUGGAAUUGGUGGAUUGGAUCGCGAUGUUUCGGAGAUCAGCGAAGCCAUCACCUACAUUCGUAACAACAUCAUCAACUCUCCAUCCGCCCCUGUUGUCAUCAUGGGUCAUAGUACCGGCUGCCAAGACUCUAUGCACUACCUCUGCUCUUCUCUAUCUUCAAAUACAAAAUCCUCCUCUUCCUCCCGUCCUCCCAUCUCUGGUAUAAUCCUCCAGGCGCCAGUAUCCGAUCGGGAGGCCAUACUUGACGGCGUUCGCCAUGAUGCAAGAGCAGCAUCUGCGUAUAACGACGCAUUGGCGUUCUGUAAAGCAACACCAAACAAGGCUCACUCCAAAACACUCUUGCCCUGGAAUCUCACCAUACCCAUAUUGGGUCCUGUCCCUUUGACUGUCACACGAUUCCUCAGCUUGGCUUCCCCUGAAAGCCCCUCAAAUCCAGCUCAGGAUGAUUAUUUCUCUUCAGACCUGGGGGAUGAUGUUUUCAAAGGCACUUUCGGAAAAUUGGCCGCAUGCGAGUGGGUUCUGACUCCGACUAAGCCAGCGGACAACACAGAUGGUGGAGGAAAACGCCAAUCGAAAUCCAUGCUCAUCCUCAUAUCUGGAGAUGAUGAGCAUGUAAGCUCCGACAUCAACAAACUGCAGCUACUCUCUCGCUGGACCAAGGCUGUCGAGUCGCAGUCAACUGAGGAAAGCCCAGCCAUAGUCUCUCCCCAUUCCCAAGUGGUGGAGCAUGCCUUGCAUGACAUAUCCGGGGACAGUAUCGAGGCCAGGACUGCCAGAUUGGUAGAAAUGAGAGCCGCAGUUCUGAAAUAUCUAAAUGAUGUGGUGGGCGACGUUUAUGGACAUGAGCACGGUGAUAGCAAAGACGAUUACUCGCCUUGGGGCAUUUGGAAAAGGGACAAAGAAGCCAUUGAAGCGGAGAAAGGACUCCAGGGAGUAAAACUGUGAGAGAUGAAUUCCAUAAUUCCAUAGAUGGUAGCCUUUAGUGGCCCUCACAUAUCAAUUAAGACACAUUGAGCAC